AGAGAGAGAGAGAGAGAGGGUUUUGGGAUCGCAGUGGAGAGGGGGCAGAGAGAGAGUGGGCUUGGGAAGGUGUCAUAAAUGGAAUUGAGAUUGUGGCAGGGAGGGCGGCGGUGCAGUGGCUCCAAUUCCGUGUCUUUAAUAUACUCUUCAAGGAAGUGAGACAGAGAAGGGAGCCAAGCCAAAGCCAAGGAAGAGACGAGAAAAUAAGGAAGAGAAUUAGAGCGGAGGGAGACGAAGAGAGGGAGAGAGCGAGGGAGGGAGCCAGCAGCAAUCGCUGUUGCUGCUACUGCUGCCGCCUCCUCUCAGUGUCAGUAAAAAAAAAAAAAAAAGAAGAAGAAGAAGGAAGAAAGAAAGGGAAAAGCAAACCAAAUCCCAGCACUCGACGUGCGUACGGACAAAAUUAGCAGCGGGCGGGCGCAGCAACGACCAACAAUUUUCCAUUCAUUCAUCGAUCUUUAAAACCCACAGCCUGGACUAGAAGAAAACCUACCCCCCCGUACCCCAUCUAUUCCUCCUCCUCCUCCUCCUACUACUACCACUACUCAAUUUAAUUGAAAUCCUUCCACAUAGCUUAUAUAGCAUAUAUACCUUCAUUGUGGUAACUCUCUACUCCACGCUUAGCUUUGCCUUUUGAUCACCAGUCUUCAUAAAUAUAGCCAGAUCUAGAGAGAGGAAGCAGGAGGAGGGGACUGGUUUGGUCUAGUCCUGCUAUGGAUUAUAAGCAGCAAUCGAGGGGAGGAGCAUGGCAGGGUUCUCUCUAGGUGGGAGCCACCGUCAAGGAGGCGAAGAAGAAGAACAAGGCGGAAUCCCUCCAGAGAAUCUCUUCCUCUACAGCGGUAGCGGCGCCAGGAGCGAAGAAAUCCCCUACACCCGCGGCUUCGAGCUAUGGCAGCAGCAGCAGCAGAUCCAGCGGCACCAGCAGCACUUCUACCCCUCAUCCGCGCUUCUUUCCUUCUCCGAUGAGCCCCCGGGGCAUCCGCCCCAAUCCGGUGUCCGCGGCGGCGGCGGUGGAGGAGGACGGAUGAGCGGCGGCGGAGGAGGGAAGAGCUGCCAGGACUGCGGCAACCAGGCCAAGAAGGAUUGCCCCCACCUCCGCUGCCGCACCUGCUGCAAGAGCCGUGGAUUCCAGUGCCCCACCCACGUCAAGAGCACCUGGGUCCCCGCCGCCAAGCGCCGCGAGCGCCAGCAGCAGCUCGCCUCCGCCUCCCAAUCCCAUUCCCUCCGAUCCGCCGCUGUCGGUGUCAGCGGAGAGCCUUCCAAGAGGCCCAGAGAGAUCUGCCCCCGUCUCCCCACCGCCAUCGCCACGGACACCUCGUCAGCAGGAGGAGGAGGAGGGAUGGAGGCGGGGAGCUUCCCGGCGGAGGUGAGCUCGGCGGCGGUGUUCCGCUGCGUGCGGGUGAGCCCGAUGGACGAGGCGGAGGACGAGUUCGCGUACCAGACGGCGAUCAGCAUCGGCGGGCACGUGUUCAAGGGCAUCCUCUACGACCAGGGACCCGACGGCGCCCCCUUCCCGACGACCACAACCCCUCGCCACAUCCACCACGGUGAAUCCUCCUCCUCUUCCUCCGCCGCCGCUGCCAUCACCACUACCGCAGCCGCUCUUUCUACUGGUCUCGCCGCGAGCACCAGUGCCACUGCUGGUACUACUGCGGCAGCUUCCACCGGGUUUUUGGAUCCGUCGUCGCUGUACCCAGCUCCACUGAGUGCUUUCAUGGCCGGUACCCAGUUCUUUCCCCACCACCCCAGACCUAGCUAGCUAGAACUAAUUAAGCAAUGCACAUUGGUAGUUGAAGCAUUUCACCAGUUUUCUGAGCUAUCUUAAUCUUAGUUUUUCAGUGAAUGUAGCGUUGGAGUCGAUCCCAGCUGUUUCUUUCCGUUCCUCCGACAUUUGCUUGAAUCUAACAAAUGUUUCGAGCUGGCUAUCUA